CGCGGAAGGAUCUGAACCUCUUCCCAGGCCAUUGGUGGCCAAUCCCAGCUUUCCCCGGGGAGGGGCCCUUUCCAAAGCCACAAUCUGUUGGGGAAGCCUGGAAUGUCAGGUCCGGGAGGGGCCAGCCCCCAAAGAUGAAAGUCGCGACUUGUCCUGCCCCGCCCCAAAGGCUUCUCGAGUAGUGUGCUGGGACUUGACCCGCCUCCCCAGGUCAACAUGUCACAACACGACCUCGGCCUGUCAAGUCACAUGACCUCUGCCUGUCACUGACAACUUGGUCAUGUCUUUGAGCCAGGAGAGAGCAUCUCGUCCAACCCACCCCCAUCCCCAUUUACAGAAGAGGAAAUGGAGGUCUGGAACAACCGAACAGGCCUGACCAAGGACCUGUCACUGUCACACCACCAUCUGUACCUUCCAGCCAGCCACAUCGGCUUUCUGACAGUUUCUACUUAGACAAACUCUGGCUGUCCCCAUGAGGGCUGCUGAAUCCGCCCCCUAGAGGAGGGCAAGGCCAUGGUAAAAAAGAUCACUGCUCCUUGAUAGCCAGGUCAAAGGCUUGAGUCUGAGGCACAAGGCAUAUCAUGUUGAAGAUGAGCGGGUGGCAGCGAGAGAGCCAAAAUCAAAACCGGAACCUGAGGCGAGAGUGUUCCAGAAGGAAGUGUAUCUUCAUACAUCACCACACCUGAAAGCAGAGCCUGAUCCAGCUGCAGGGAUGGCAGCUGAGUCUUUGCCUUUCUCCUUCGGGACACUGUCCAGCUGGGAGCUGGAAGCUUGGUAUGAGGACCUACAGGAAGUGCUGUCCUCAGAUGAAAACGGGGGUACCUAUGUUUCACCCCCUGGAAAUGAGGAGGAAGAAUCAAAAACCUUCACCACUCUUGACCCCGCCUCUCUGGCUUGGCUGACUGAGGGGCCAGGACCAGCAGAGGUCACAAGCACCUCCCAGAGCCCUCUGUCUCCAGAUUCCAGUCAGAGCUCCCUGGCUCAGGAGGAAGAGGAAGACCAAGGAACACCCAGAAAACGGAAACGGAGUGGCCAGUCCCCAGCCCGGGCUGGAAAGCAACGCAUGAAGGAGAAAGAACAAGAGAAUGAAAAGAAAGUGGCACAACUAGCUGAAGAGAAUGAGCGGCUCAAGCAGGAAAUUGAGCGUCUAACCAGGGAAGUGGAGGCAACUCGCCGAGCUCUAAUUGAUCGAAUGGUCAAUCUGCACCAAGCAUGAACACUGGGACCAUCACUUCCCCCUCGGGCCACUACCAACCUUUCCCAGAAGUGGCUACUGACCAACUUCUCACUGGUGCCAAUGAUGUGACCCUCAACGCCGUAUCUAUAGUAGCGGGAAAGCUUGGGAUAGACAACAGGAAAAGAGUCUCAGCGUGUAUAUAGAGAUUGUACAUUUAUUUAUUACUGUCCAUAUCCAUUAAAGUGACUCUGUGAGCCAA